AUGUCAUAUUUUUGUCUUUUCUAUUUAAUAGUUGUUCUUACUAAGGGAAAGCUGAGUGGUGGAAGUCAACAGAAAGGUCAAAGAAGCUCCAGAGCUGCUCUUCAAGCUGGUAUCGACAAGUUUGCUGAUGCUGUUGGUCUCACUCUUGGCCCUAGAGGGAGGAAUGUUGUGUUGGAUGAGUUUGGAAGUCCCAGGGUUGUGAACGAUGGAAUCACCAUUGCUAGGGCUAUUGAGUUACCUGACACCAUGGAGAAUGCUGGUGCAGCACUAAUCCGUGAGAAGAUGAGAAGCGUGGUUGGAGAAGAUGUCAUGGGAGCAGAUAUUAGAGUUUGA